AUGCCGAGCUUCUUCCAAUUCACGCAAGGCAACGAGUCCCGCACCCGCCUGACGAGCGACUCCUCCCCUCUCCUCGGCCGGUUCCGCGCCGUACCUCAAGAGUCUGACGUCCACGGCCGUCGACGCCGCUCCGGGAGCACGCUCGGCCUGUUCUCGAACAACCGUGGCAGCGUGCACGUCGGCUACGGCGCACUGCUUUCCGCUGCUGGCCUCGAAAAUCACGACAACGCCGACGAUAGAGCUGAUUGGGAGGACUUGAACCUGUGGCAGCGGACAUGGCGCAGGAUCGCCGACGUUUGGGUCGAGCCGAAGCAGGGUGCCGUAAAGAGGGUUGUUGAUGUAUGGUGGAGUCGAUAUGGGUGUCUCGUCUUGAUGCCCGCCGCGCUGGCUAUUGCAUGGUGUGCACUACCGAUUCCGCAGUACCAGUUUACCGACGACGAUGAUGAUGACCGAAGUGAUCCUGGUGCUGGGUCCGGGCACAAGAUACCUGGUCACGGCGAGGCACGGGUGCAGAUCAGCUUCUGGUUCUUCCUCUUUGUCUACUACGGCUUCUACAAUAUCACGGCCUUGAUUUGGAUCACCAAGGUCUUCAACCUCUACAGCUUGAAUUGGUGGCCGCAGUCUCUUGGCUUUCCAGUGACGAUGUCUCUCAUCGCCAUCGUAUCAAUAGCCGUACCCAUUCCACUCUAUCUAACCCCAGAGACGCGGUUCCUCACUCAACACAACACGGCAUGGGUCGCCUUCUCAUUCUUCGUCAUGGCGAUGCCCGUGGCCAUCGCAUUCUGCAUCCUCCUCACCUCCCAACGUCACCUCAAGCUACGGCAGUCACUCUCCGAAACCCAGCGCAUCUUCACGUCAUCCUGGUGGACAGGCGAGUCCGGAGGAAGCGUCCCCCGGCGAGAUAACCGCCGCCGGCCGAACCUCAGCAGCGACUCCUUCAACCCAGAUGCCGUCCUGCAGGUCGACCAAGAGCAGUCUAGAAAUAGGACCCUGGCCGCCAUGGGGAUGCGCCGCAGGUGGCUGCCCGCCAGCUUCGUCCGCUUCAUCUGGUUCUGCCUGGCUCUGUUCGUCGGCCUCAUGGCGUACGUGAUAGGAGAGGCGUACGCCGAGAUCUACCUGCGCACGCUCCCGCACAACAACUUGGAGACGGUCGUCUACGUCUACAGCUGGAUCAUCACGGUACAUCUCCUCGAUGCACUGACCGGCUGGCUAUUGGGAAUCCGCGAAGGUGAACGUGUCGGGAGCUAUCCCCUGAGCUGGGUGUUCAAGCUAUACUUCAUGCUCACCUACCAAACCUACGUUCGCGCCCUGUACGCCCGCCUCCGCUCCCCGGAACAAUUCAUCUACCUCCAGAUCCUCUCCAGCAGCACCCUCAUCAUCCUCACACCAUUAACCAUGUCGCGCCUCUACCACCGCGUCACCGUCGCCCUCAACCUGACGGACCAGUCCUACGCCUCCUACCAGAAGGUCUGUACCCGUAACGUCUUCAUCCGCUUCCUCGCCGAGAACGUCUCCAUGGCCGCCUUCCUCGGCAGCGUCCUCGUCCUCCACUUCGGCCCCAACAAGGACGUCUACCCCUACUUCGCCUUCGACAUGAAGGACAAGGGCGACGACCAGUACGACUUCGGCCUCACCUUCUGGGCCUCCUCCGUCACCUGGGCCUGCGAGCUCGUCGCCUCCGUCUGCGUCCGCGUCCUCAUCCGCUGCAUCUUCGGCGUCGACGUCGGCAUGGAGGGCAAGCUCGACCUCGCCGUCUGGCCCGAGCUGCUCCCGACCAGCGUCGCCGUCAUGUUUCACGUGCUCCAGAACAUGUUCUUCUCGAUUAUACGACUGCAAUUCCCCUAA